AUGCAAUCACCUUUCUUCUACUACAACCCAGACCCUCAAGGCGAGAACAACCGUCAACACGGCCACUUCACACCUCACCCGUCCGGACAGUCGGCCUUCCAGCCACCAAACAUGUUCUACCCAAGGCCAUCGUCGGCCAACUCCCACCUGGCCUACCCGCAAUCCUCGUACGCCAGCCAGAUGCUGACCCCCGUCGCCUCGCCGCAGCCCAUGUACCAGAAGCCAGCGAUUCUCAUUCAGCCCCACGACUCGCCCUACCUGCACCCCUUGGACACGGACUAUUCCUUUGCGCCCGCUACCCCUCCUCUGUCCUCCUCUGGUAGCAGCACGAGCAGCCCGCCCUCUUCCUCCGACGUGCUCUCCACACCACUCUUUGACAUCUUCCCCAGCGAGACCAUGGAGGGUGUGAAGCAAGGCUGCGAGGGCGAGGUCCUCUCCGAGAUUCUUUCUGCCGGUUUGGAGUGGCGAUCCGCAAGCCCGCCCAUGACACCAGUCUACAUUCAGCCACCUUCGGCUAGUCAGGGGUCCUACCUUCUCUCCGCCACAUCCUGCCCCUCGCUUUCCCCUUCACCUUCACCUGUCCCACGCCCGUCUUUUGCUGAGGCGGAGAACAACUUCUGCAACCCUCGUGAUUUGACGGUCGCAUCUGCAGAUCAAUCCACACUUCUUACUCUCUGCCCCGGUGACGAAGAACACAAAGUCGUACUCAAAGGUGAAUCUGCCAAGGUCUUCGAGCCUGCUCAAUCCUGCACAGCCGACUUCACGGGCCUCCCCACUGGCCUCCCCACUUUUGAGCCUCUGUUUGAAUUGGACUGCGAAGACGACUUUGCCGGCCUGGUCAACUUCUCGACGGCCGACAACACCCACUUCCUUGGCAACAAGCGCCAACGCACUGAUCUGGUGGCUUUCCCUUCGGAAGAGGACUUUGUUAGCGACGCCAGCUUCACCGACUUUGAAGAGGACUUGGUCCACGGCCUGCCCCUGACACCUGCUGCGAGUGACUUCUCCGACAACAUGUCCGGUAACAAGAGGCGAUCAGCGAAGAAGGCGCGUUCUGGGCACAGCGAUGCCGAGUCAGAUUAUCACAGUAAGACACAGACAUCGGGUGAUGAUAACACUGCGUCUGGAGCAUCAAGCCAACAUGAACCAGGUCAUGCCGACAACCACACCGCGUCCAGCUCCGACGACAACGCCGCCACCCCGGUAGCACCGACAAGCCGUCGCGGCCGUAAGCAGUCUCUGACCGAGGAUCCGUCCAAGACUUUCGUCUGCACCCUGUGCUCUCGUCGUUUCCGCCGCCAGGAGCACCUCAAGCGCCACUACCGCUCGCUCCACACUCACGACAAGCCCUUUGAGUGCACCGACUGUGGUAAGAAGUUCUCCAGAAGCGACAACCUGUCUCAGCACCAGCGCACGCACGGGGCAGGUGCCAUCACCCUUGAUGUCAUGAGCAGCUCCGAUAUCCAGAACGACAUGCAACGAGAUGGCGCUUUCGACAACCAGAACCCCGCCAUGAUGGGCCAGAUUCUCUAUGAUGCUGCCGCCAACGUCUCAAGCGCCAGCUCAGAAUACUCUGACAUGGAGUCCUCGCCUAUCAACAAGAAGCGCAAGAGGAACGAGUAG